GAGCCAACAAGAUGGCGGCGGCCCUUUCUGAGGGGUGACGGGGCGGUGUUCGAGUGCGAACGCGCCGGUAGCGCAGCUCCCUCCGCGUCCUCGCUUCUCAUUACAGCUCAUGGCGGGGUGCGAGGAGAAGCAGGGAGAGGGCGGCCUCAGCGAGCUGCUUCCCCCUUCUCAUGGGCCCCCGCAGCACCUCUCCCAGGGGAUCCCCGGGGAGCUGCCCCAGGGCGGGCCCAGCCUGCGGCAGCCACAGCUCAGCCUGCCUCACCAAGAGGACAAGCAAGAGGCCGAUGACGAAGAGGAAUCACAGCGCACAGAGGGUCAGUUUGAUGGAGUGUUGGAUGAAGACACUGUGGCUGAGGGUCUCCACAAGCUGGGGCGUUCAGCCCCUGGUGUUGAAUACGUUUAUCUUAAUCUGUCGCUUUCAGGUCGUGAGUUAAGUGACAUUAACAUUCUCUCCAGAUACGUUCACCUACAGAAGCUGGAACUUUCAUAUAAUAAAAUUAAUGAUCUUUCUUGUAUCAGUCAUAUGCCUCACUUACUAGAACUGAAUGCUUCCAACAAUGAAUUGACUACAUAUUUCGUUUUUAAACCACCUAAAAAUCUCAAGGAAGUAGAUUUUUCAUACAAUCAAAUACCUAAAAUGCAAGAUUUGUCAGCAUACCAGUCACUUACUAUACUCUUGCUGGAUUAUAAUAACAUAGAGGAGAUAAGAGGACUAGAGAAGUGUCACAGUCUGACUCAUCUUAGUUUGUCACACAACAGACUCAUUGCAAUCAGUGGCCUCGAGAACUUACCUAUCAGAAUACUCAAUCUGAGCUCUAAUCAGAUUGAGAAGAUAACUGGGUUGGACAGCUUGAAAACUCUACAGAAGCUGGACCUAUCUAGCAAUAAAAUAAUUAGUCUAGAAGGCUUGGAGAAACAUGAUCUACUAGAGAUGAUCAAUCUAGAGGAUAACCAGAUUGCUGAGCUGCGUGAACUUGAAUAUAUUGAAGAUCUGCCUCUCCUCAGAGUUUUAAAUCUUUUAAAAAAUCCUGUACAGGAACAAAGAGAUUAUUGGCUUUUGGUGAUUUUCAUGGUGCUCCAACUAACAGAACUGGACCUCAAGAAGAUUUCAGUGGAAGAAAAGGUUGCUGCUGUGAAUAAAUAUGAUCCUCCUCCAGAAGUUGUUGCUGCUAGAGAUCACAUGACUCACGUUAUGUAUAGCAUGCUGCAGCCCCAGAGAAUCUUUGACAGCACUUUACCUAGCCUUGAUGCUCCCUACCCCAUGCUGGUAUUAGUUGGCCCCCUAGCCUGUGGUAAGAGGGAGCUUACUCAUAAGAUCUGCAGACAGUUCAACAAUUUCUUCAGGUAUGGUCCCUGUCACACUACCAGGGCAGCUUACUUUGGUGAAGAAAACAGACUUGAUUACUAUUUCGUUUCUCAAGAAGCAUUUGACAAAAUGGUGAACACAGGCAAGUUUAUAGCAACCUAUAAAUACAGUGGCUAUUACUACGGACUUGGAAGAGACACUGUAGAAUCAAUUGCCAGAGAGGGUCUUGCAACCUGUGUUCACUUAGAAAUAGAGGGUGUGCGUAGCUUGAAAAAUACCUACUUUAAACCCAGAUAUAUCCUGUUAGUGCCGAUGAACAAAGAAAAAUAUGAGGGACAUCUGCGGAGGAAAGGAUUAUUCAGCAGGCCAGAGAUUGAAGAGGCCGUCUCCAGAGUGGACAUGUACAUCAGAAUAAGUCAGGGUUUUCCAGGAUACUUUGAUGCAGUUGUCAACACAGAUGAAUUGGAUGAGGCAUUCACAGAGCUGAGUUUCCUUGUAAAGGCAUACCUGGGUUUGGAGCCACCUGCGGUUUUUGAUAGCAUUCAGGACUUGAAUAGCAGAGCAGGAGCAGGUUCAAGAAUACGGCUCUUGCAAGAGCAAAGAUUGUCACCCGGCGGAGUAAUUACUGGAACUACUCGGUCUUCAUCUAUCAAUGAGUUCUUGGACUCUUCUGCCAAAAACUAUCCAGGAGGCAUCCCGGACAAUCUUGCUGCACAACUGGGCUCUGUGGAAGAAGCUUCUCUCCAAAGGCGGCGUUCUGCAGCACGUCAGGCUUUGUCAGGGAAGGCACCUAGUGCAUGUGUCCAGCUGUUUCAAAGGGACCUGGCAUUCACUCCUGCACCGAGCAGCUCCCAUCAACAACUACUGGAACCAACAAUACACACUUCCCAAGACCAGAGCUUCCCCCUGACUAACCCAGAGAGCCGAAAGAAUAAACUAAAAAAAGCCAUCAAGGGCUCCAGAGAAUCUGGUCCUGCUAGUGGACGAUUUCUAAUCUCAGCUGGUACACAUGCUGCUGAAGGUCUACCGGUUCAGACCCCUGUUCCCCAUGCUCACCUUACUGAAGAAGCCAAAGCUGAACAUCAAGAUCCAAGAGGAGCUGAAAAUAGAGUGGAUAGAUCGGAAGAGACUGAACUCCUGAGUGACAAUCUUCAAAGAAAAAACAGCAAGUCCAAGACUGGUUGUUCUCAUGUGCCUCAGCUCAUCGACUGGCCAGGCUCUCACUCCAAACCUGUCCUCCCUCCAAUCCCAUCUGGGCGGAAGAGGACCAACCCUUGAUGGCCACUACUAACAAAGUCUUUCUCAUGAUGACACUGAAUCUUUCUGUCUAACAACGGGAACACUGAUUUUGAUACAUUUCUCUUCAACAAAGCAAAGUCUAUCAAAUAUUAUUUCUAAAUCCAUUUCUGAUUAACUCUCCCCCAAAAGUUAUUUAUUUAUAACUUUAUUAAAAAGUAAUUUCUGUAUUUCCCAAAGCUAGAAAUUAUUUCCCCAGGCAGUCUCAGCUGGGAAAUGGUGUAGAUUUUUUCCUAACAGCCAUAUGACCAUAUCUUCCAUUAAUUUCUCUCUUUCCUACCCCUCCUAUAUUAUAGAUUUAAUUGAGGUGUGGAAGCAUCAGAGCCUCUGAUAAUAUUUUCUAUAUUGUAGGACUAGUGAAUUAUUUUGAAGAGGGAUUUUAUGAAAUGUUCAGAGUUAAGUUGGGAGUGAAAACUAGUUCCAAGUCUUUUUUUUUUUUUUUUAAUAAAGUGUGGUUUUUUGAAGGGAUGAGACAUAAUUCUUUGAUUUGCAAGUGUAUUUAAACAACCUAGUAAGGAGUCAUCAGAAAAAUUAGCACAAUUUUUGAGAACUAGCGGAAGCUGUAAGUAGUAUAUGAAGAUUUGUUUUUCUGUAUGUGGAGCAGAGCUCUGACAAGUAAAUAAAACUCUUGAGUUAA